CGUAGCCGUCCGCAUGCAACACGCGCAAGAAAAAGAACAAUAGCGUUGUUUAGGUACACCGUCUCUCUUCCGGUAAAACCGAGAGUGGCCCCCUCCACCCGCAAACUCCGGUACCCAUUCACUCUCGCAGAUUUUCCACCAGCGAAGAGUGCCGCCGAUUGUUGCUGAUCGUGCAAGAUACUUUGACGGAUACGUGUGGCUUGGCUGUAGUCGUUCUUCCGGCAGCGGCAUCGGACGAAGUCUGCUGAGCGCGCGUAGACUGGCGUGUUGUGGUGCGAAAGGCAUGCUUUUUUGAUAUGAGUUUUGUGGUACUCGAGGACUGACGAUGGAUUACCAAUUGCCACCGGUCGCCCAGAACCCGCAGAUGAACGGGCUGCCCGUUCCUGUCGGCGUUAUGCAGGGCACUCUCACCCACGUCCAGGCUCAGGUGCAGGACCAAGAGCCUCAUCGCUGGAGUCAGUAUCAGCAGCUCUGGCGACAGCACGUCUAUCUCAACGGAAACAGCAAACCUACACAUCCCCACAAUCACUCAACCAUAAAAGACUUGGCCGGCAGCAUACUCGGCGAUGACAGCAAGAGCAAAGAUGAUGCCGACAUUUGGGGAAACGUUGAAGCUCAAACUGCCUUUCUGGGACCCAACCUCUGGGACAAAUCGUACGAGACAGACCUCAAGUAUGUGGAUUUGGACGAAUUCCUAUCAGAAAAUGGAGUUUCAAUGGAUGGGUUAGGAUCCCAUGGAUCCCUUAGUACCUUAAGUAAUACACAUCCCCUUCCUAAACGAGAACGUUCUCCUAGUCCCAGUGAUUGUAUGAGCCCGGACACCAUGAACCCUCCAUCACCUGCUGAUUCCAUUUUUUCUGAAGCGUUGUCAAUGGCCUCAAGUCGAGACUUCGAUCCACGGACAAGAGCAUUUUCAGAUGAGGAACUGAAGCCACAGCCCCUGAUAAAAAAAUCCAGAAAGCAGUUUGUUCCAGACGACCUCAAAGACGACAAAUACUGGGCGAGAAGGAGAAAGAACAAUCUCGCAGCAAAAAGGUCGAGAGACGCCCGACGAAUGAAAGAGAAUCAGAUCGCCCUCAGGGCUGGCUUCCUGGAGAAAGAGAACAUUGGACUUCGCCAAGAGCUUGAACGACUGAAGAAAGAAAACCUUUUACUGCAGAACAAAUUAUCAAAAUACGAAGACGUCUAAAACAGUGCAAGAGCCUAAGAAAAAUACGUAGAAAAUUUCAUUAAACCGCCCUGUAUGCAGGGCGGUGCUCCUUUAGAAGGCAACCAUACAUUUGUAUAUAAAAUGCAUACAAAAACGUAGUCAUUACGUAGUGCUAAGUAUAAAUUAUGUAGUAUAAGACGAGAAAUAUAACAUGCAGAAAGAAGGUCGAAGGCAGGGAAACUCAACAUUUAUUUGGAAAACUUUCGUUUUGAAGAUGUUCAUUAGGAUCGAAACUUGUGAUAUUAUGAUAUUGGUACUGGAUGUUCGGCUGAUAUUUCACUCGUUUGAAGUCCACGAAGUGACGUAUUUUUAAUCCUACCGAAAUCGAUAUCAUUUCCACAAAAACAUUUUUUUUUUCGUCAAAUAGUGACGAAAAAUGUCCCAUAUAAAUUUCACUGUUUGUUUUUAAGUAGCACAUUUACUAGGUACUAUUAGUUAAAGUAUCGUUUAAAAAUUUUUUCCCUCUUAUUCGACCUUCAAGUUUGACACUUCUGCUCUUGCAUCAGGCAGCAAAUCUGUUGAAAGUGUAGACUAAUUGUUGAUUGUUUUUAUGUUUAUAUAGUCUAUUUUGGUUGAAGUUUAUUUAGUAGAUUGUAAAUCGAAAUGAGUCGUAAAGAAUAGUAUUUUGCUCACACUUUAUAGGAUACAUACUCUUAAAUUUAAUCGAGUAAAAUUGGUUGAGCUUCAUACCGUCGAGGUCCUCUGCAGAUUGACUAUUAAACGGUUCGAAAGUAUAUUUUUACACGACAUUCUUGAAAAUCUACAACUGGUUCUUCUUCUUUCUAUCAAACUGCAGACAACGAUGGUUUGUUGCGACUUUAAAAGACCUAUCAUAGUGCUUCUCGUAAUGCUAUAGCCUUCACUCGAUGUUGAUCAUUUUCUUGAAUUCGAUAUUGAAUUGUUGUUUCUAAUUUUGUGUUUAAGCAAAAUGUUGUCUGAUAAACCUCCAACAAAACACUUGAAAGUGAUAUAUUUAUAUAAGAUGUUAUACAAAAUGUUACCAUUAUUUCUGACGAACAAGAAAUUGUCCAAUGUUCCAUCUUUUGCAGCAGAUUAACAUUUUACUGAUACUUAAAAAUUUAUAUACUGCCUUAUGUAAAAAUACGAAAGUUGAAUUUUUAUAAAUGUUGCCCGAAUGUCGAAUCUGCCGCAAAUGAUUUUUAUAAGAAAAAUUUUCUGAAUAUAUUUUCUAAUUAGGAGAAUACGUUAAUUCCAAUUGAUAUUAUUUUACGAUUUUUGUUUAGUUUUGAUGUCAACUCUAUGAAACGUGUGCUUCGUUAAAAGUUAAUAAUACAACAAAUAGACAAAUAGAUGUAUCAUGGAGUCUGUUGAGUUGUUGCAAGUACCUGCUUGCAAUAUGUUGAAUUGGAGUAGUACAAUCAGCAGGUACAGUGAGAAGGCGUUGAUACAAAAGAUGAAUUUGCUGUUGUGAGCAUUAUAUAAAUCAGAAUAA